AUGUAAGGCAGGACCUCACCCUUAACAUGAUGCCAGUCUCUCACAGGGCACACUCACCUGCUCAGCUUAGAGUGACCAGUAAAGCUGACCUUCUCUUUUUUAGGAAGACAGUAUUUGUACCCCGGACUUUGUGGCAGUGAAGCAGCUGUCGUUCCAUCAUGCCAUCCUCCUUGAUGUUCUUUAUUUUAACGUACUGACAGCAACUGGUUGGCACCUUGGACCUGCCUCAAAAAAAAAAAAUGGGAGGAUGUUAAUUAGAAAGACCCACAUGCACAUAAGCAGGCUGAAUCAAUAGGAAGGGAAAACAGAGGGACGGAGACAGGGAUGAGAUGAAGAGCGAGAGGAUGACCAAACCAGAAGGCAGGAGGGGGGUGAAAGAGAAAUGUGGAUGAAGGGAUCGAAGAAAUGGAAUGGACAGAUAAAGAGAGAAGGAGGAGGAGAAGGUGAAGUGAGGAGCGGAGAGAGAGAGAGAGAGAGAGAGGGGGGCGAGUGAAUAAUGAGGGUAUUGAAAGGAGAGGGCGACAGAAGUUGAAUGAGGAAAUUGAAAGGAGAGAGCGAGCGAGAGAGGAGCUGAAUGAGGAAAGUGAAAAGAGUGAGCGAGGCGAGGAGCAGGCGGAGGGCCGGAGAUGAUUGGCGCUGCGUGCAGGAAGAUCAGUGCGGAGGCGCAGCCCCCUCUCCCCCUCUCUCUCUCGCUCGCUCGCUCUCUCUCUCGACGCAGGCCGCUUGUUAAACUGUUGAAUGAAAGCGGGAGCCGCAGUCGGGUGGCGUGUCAAGUCUCUGGCAGCUGGGAGUGAGGACUGAAUGCCGCGCUCGCUGGUCGCCGAUGCCUUCUUGUGAGCUUAGCAGGGUGUUGGGGGCCGGCCAGGGUUUCAUUCUUCAGCCUCGUGGGAAGCUCCUUGUGACCCCGGCAUGUGCUCUCCCCAUGUGCCAUCCAGACCCCGGCGCAGCUCGUUGGUGGACGCCGGCUGGCUCUUCCUGAAGCACACCACCUUUCAUGGCUUGAGGCACAUCUUCCUCUUUGGCUCGUACCCCCGCCGGCUGGUCUGGCUCUUGGCCUUCCUAACAGCCCUGGCCCUGCUGUUCACUUGGUCCUCCAACAGGGUGCGCUAUUUCCUGUCCUCUCCAGUCCACACUAAAGUCCACGUAGUCUACGCCAAGCGGUUGGUCUUCCCAGCGGUCACCAUCUGCAACAAAAACUUGCUGCUGCCCAGCCGGAUGGACAAACCGGACCUGUUUCUCAUUGGUCGCUGGCUGGGAUUACUGGGGAAGAACCUGCAGGUCCCGACUGGGGUCCAGGAGGCCCUGGCACCAGGGCAGGGUCAACCUCAGGGUCAAGGUCAGCAAGGAUGGGUGGGCUUGUCGCGCCUCUUGGGAUUUAAGCACUUCUUGCCCCCCGCGCGCGACAUGCAGCCCUCUAUGCUACAGCUCCUGGACAGGCUUGGACACCAGCUGGAGGAGAUGCUGCUCUAUUGCCGCUUCCAAGGAGAAAUCUGCGGGCCACGAAACUUCAGCACGAUAUUUACUCGAUAUGGGAAGUGUUAUACUUUCAACUCCGGCCUGGACAACAAGCCUCUGCUGAUGACAGUCAAAGGAGGGAUGGGAAAUGGCCUGGAGCUGAUGCUGGACAUCCAACAGGACGAAUACUUACCUGUGUGGGGAGAGACAGAUGAGACAUCCUUCGAGGCCGGGAUCAAGGUCCAGAUCCACAGCCAGAGUGAGCCGCCCUUCAUCGACCAGCUGGGCUUCGGAGUGGCGCCAGGCUUCCAGACCUUUGUGUCGUGUCAAGAGCAGCGGCUCACUUACCUACCCCCACCCUGGGGAGACUGCAAGGCCUCGGCUAUCAACUCGGACUUCUUUGACACGUACAGCAUCACCGCCUGCCGAAUCGACUGUGAGACUCGGUACCUGGUGGAGAACUGCAACUGUCGUAUGGUGCACAUGCCAGGUGAUGCCCCCUACUGCACCCCAGAGCAGUACAAGGAAUGUGCAGACCCAGCGCUUGAUUUCCUGGUGGAAAAGGACAAUGAUUACUGCGUCUGUGAGACCCCCUGCAACCUGACCCGCUACAACAAGGAGCUCUCCUUCGUCAAGAUCCCCAGCAAAGCCUCGGCUAAGUACUUGGCCAAGAAAUUCAACAAGUCAGAGCAGUACAUCUCAGAGAACAUUCUAGUCCUGGACAUCUUUUUUGAGGCACUCAACUAUGAGACUAUCGAGCAGAAGAAGGCCUAUGAGGUGGCGGGGCUGUUGGGAGACAUUGGUGGUCAGAUGGGCCUGUUCAUCGGUGCCAGUAUUCUCACCAUCCUGGAGCUCUUCGACUAUCUGUAUGAGGUAAUAAAGCAUAAAAUCUACAGAACAUUGAAGUGUCAGAAGCCACAUCACAAGAACAACAACGACAAAGGCGUGGUGCUGAGCCUGGACGAUGUACGACGCCACGCCCCCUGUGAGAGCUUACUGGCCCCUGCCAACAUCCUACCUCAUCAUCCCGGGCGGGGCAACUUUGAAGACUUCACCUGCUGAAGGAGCUGCGAGGGGCUGUUCAUUAGCAGGACGGGGCAGCCCAAGAAGGAGCUGGCUAGAGCGCAUUACAGGAGGGUCUCAACUACCAAAGCGUCGGCAUAUCCAGCAUGACCAGACUCUGUCUGCAGAGACGAAGCAGGAGAAUAAACGAAAAGGGGGGUAGGAAGGGAUGAGGGGUGGGGGCGUGGUUGUAAAAAUUUUAAAUCAUCUAAACAUGUGACGGAAUACAAGGUCCCAAGCUGUACCGUAACUAUUUGUAGGAGUCUUACAGAUGAAGGAGGCGAUGCCGUUUUCUGAUUGGUUGUUGGCAUAACAGGACAACGUCACAUCAAGCCAAACCGAGCUCAGCGUUUUAGUUUUUAAACACUUAAUGUAAUGUAACUCCCCUCUUCGAGGGGGGAUUUCCCACCUUCUCCAACUCUGUUAAAACUUCUUUUGACUGGUAGGUCAGUUAAUUAAUAGUGUGGAAGCGACCUCGCCACAGACUGUGCAUGCAUGCGUGCGUGUUAAUGUGCAGUUACGUCCAAGACCGGGAAGUCUCUAAGGGGGUGUAGUAAAUUAGUCUCUUUAAAAAAAAAUAAAAAAGCUAUCGGGGGGCCAACUUUGUUCAUUGACAUUAGUGGAAAGCCGGCACAUGCCAAGUGUGUGCACAGAUCUGCAAUACCAUCUGCAGUGAAGAGAAACGGCAUUUGGCUUUAUGUACUGCCCUUCGGAGUAAUGCGUGGUGCAAACAGCUACAUGUUUCCAUGUUAAUCUAACACUGGCAACUUUGCUGUGUAAAAGCAAUUUGAAAAUAUAUAGCAGACUGCUUAUACAACUGUGGCAUGCAAAGCCAUGCAAGUCCUUGAGUUCCCUUCACUUAUUGCCGUGGUGAACUUUUGAAAAGACCUGGAGCAUAACACGUAUAAAAAUAAAGGAGACAAGACAAAUGCACACAAAUGUCAUGCUCAGAUACGUGGCUUUGACUCCAUUAUAUAUAUAUUCUUGCCGUCUGCUAUUCUGAUCUCAUAUUUUCACUUCCACUCUCUCUCACACACACACAUACACUAUAUGGACAAAAUUACAUCUUUUGCUGUUUACUUGGCAUAAGAUGGGGAAAAAAUGGCUUCCAUACUAAUCCUCCAACCUCUCCACAACCUCUUUCAUCCCGACCCUUAAAAGGCUACCACCCUGCUUUAGGAGUGCCCUCCACAUAUUUCAGCUCUGGCACUGAACUUCUUCAGGUGCUCUAACAUUACACUCUCAGACCGAUUUAGUCUAGUUAAGGGUUGCAGAGGGCCCAAACAGAACCAAUACUGGAUGGGGAGGGGUGCCAGUCCAUCACAGGGCCCACUCACUCACACACAGAGACACACAGACCAGGCCAAUUUGGAAUUGCCAAUUAAUUUAACCUGCACAUCUUUAGGGAUGUUGCAGAAAAACUGGAAUAUCCAAAGAAAAAUGCCAACAUACACAGGGAGAACAUGCAAGCUCCACAUUAAACUUAAUUAAGUAGAUAGCUAGAGAUAGAUAGAGUACCUCAAGGAUUUAAGAAUGUAAUCCUUGUUUUGUGUAAUAUGUUUACAUAUUAUCCAUUCUGAAUGAACAUGCAUUUUCUAACCCCAUACAAGGCCACCUUGGAACCGGGCACAAUCUUUGGCAGGAUAUCUGUUCAUCACAAGAACUGGUAGAUUAAAGUGAGGAUU